AGCCAUUUGUGAACCAAGAGGCUUGAAAUUCGCCGGCGCGGAGCCCCGCAAGAGAAAUUUCAAUGAGAAGAAAAGCCAAUGGAUCGUGGUCUUAGAAAAGCUGCUUAGAUGAUGUCUGUUUCCCGUGCUGUAAACACGUGGCAGAGCUGUGAGUAAAUGCUCGUCACUGCAUGAUGAAUUGGAUGGCUGCAGACCAGAGGCAAACAAAAUAAUUGUCUCAUUUUCGUGGUGAUUUGCUUAACUGGGGGGACCAUGCCAGAACGGCUAGCGGAAAUGCUGUUGGAUCUCUGGACUCCAUUAAUAAUAUUAUGGAUUACUCUUCCCCCUUGCAUUUACACGGCUCCGAUGAAUCAGUCUCCAGUUUUAAUGAGUGGAUCCCCUUUGGAACUAAACAGGCUGAGUGAAGAACAGCGGAUUUUGAACCGUUCCAAGAGAGGCUGGGUUUGGAAUCAAAUGUUCGUCCUGGAAGAGUUUUCUGGACCUGAACCGAUCCUUGUUGGCCGGUUACAUACAGACCUGGAUCCUGGGAGCAAAAAAAUCAAAUAUAUCCUAUCAGGCGAUGGAGCUGGGACUAUCUUUCAAAUAAAUGACAUAACAGGAGAUAUCCAUGCUAUAAAAAGACUUGACCGCGAGGAAAAAGCUGAGUACACCCUAACAGCUCAGGCAGUGGACUGGGAGACAAAUAAGCCUCUUGAGCCUCCCUCUGAAUUUAUUAUCAAAGUUCAAGACAUCAACGACAACGCACCAGAGUUUCUCAAUGGACCCUAUCAUGCUACCGUGCCAGAGAUGUCCAUUUUGGGUACGUCUGUCACUAAUGUAACAGCUACCGAUGCUGAUGACCCAGUUUAUGGAAACAGUGCGAAGUUGGUUUAUAGUAUCUUGGAAGGGCAACCUUAUUUUUCCAUUGAGCCUGAAACAGCAAUUAUAAAAACUGCCCUUCCCAAUAUGGACAGAGAAGCCAAGGAGGAGUACCUGGUUGUUAUCCAAGCCAAAGAUAUGGGUGGACACUCGGGUGGCCUAUCUGGAACCACAACACUUACAGUGACCCUCACUGACGUGAAUGACAAUCCUCCAAAAUUUGCCCAGAGUCUGUAUCACUUCUCAGUACCAGAAGAUGUGGUUCUUGGCACUGCCAUAGGGAGGGUGAAGGCCAAUGAUCAGGAUAUUGGUGAAAAUGCACAGUCGUCAUAUGACAUCAUUGAUGGAGACGGAACAGCACUGUUUGAAAUCACUUCCGAUGCCCAGGCCCAGGAUGGCAUUAUAAGACUGAGAAAGCCUCUGGAUUUUGAGACCAAAAGAUCCUAUACGCUGAAGGUAGAGGCAGCCAAUGUCCACACUGACCCGCGUUUCAGCAGCAGGGGGCCCUUUAAAGACACGGCGACAGUCAAAAUUGUUGUCGAAGAUGCAGAUGAGCCUCCAGUCUUCUCUUCACCGACUUACCUCCUCGAAGUUCAUGAAAAUGCUGCUCUCAACUCCGUGAUUGGGCAAGUGACCGCUCGUGACCCCGACAUCACCUCCAGUCCUAUAAGGUUUUCCAUCGACCGGCACACCGACCUGGAGAGACAAUUCAACGUUAAUGCAGAUGAUGGGAAGAUAACGCUUGCAACACCGCUUGACAGGGAAUUAAGCGUGUGGCACAACAUAACAAUCAUUGCUACCGAAAUCAGGAACCACAGUCAGAUAUCCCGAGUACCUGUUGCUAUUAAAGUGCUGGAUGUCAAUGACAACGCCCCUGAAUUCGCAUCCGAAUAUGAGGCAUUUUUAUGUGAAAAUGGAAAACCCGGCCAAGUCAUUCAAACAGUGAGUGCCACGGACAAAGAUGAGCCCAAAAACGGACAUUAUUUCUUAUACAGCCUUCUUCCAGAAAUGGUCAACAAUCCGAAUUUUACCAUCAAGAAAAAUGAAGAUAAUUCCCUCAGCAUUUUGGCAAAGCAUAAUGGAUUCAACCGCCAGAAGCAAGAAGUCUAUCUUUUACCAAUCAUAAUCAGUGAUAGCGGGAAUCCUCCUCUGAGCAGCACCAGUACCCUGACCAUCCGGGUCUGUGGCUGCAGCAGUGAUGGUGUUGUCCAGUCUUGUAAUGUUGAAGCUUAUGUACUUCCGAUUGGACUCAGUAUGGGCGCCUUAAUUGCCAUAUUAGCAUGCAUCAUUUUGCUGCUAGUCAUCGUGGUGCUGUUUGUAACUCUGCGGCGACAUAAAAACGAGCCUUUAAUUAUCAAAGAUGAUGAAGAUGUGCGAGAAAACAUCAUUCGCUACGAUGACGAAGGAGGAGGGGAAGAAGACACGGAGGCUUUUGACAUUGCAACUUUACAAAACCCAGAUGGAAUUAAUGGAUUUUUACCCCGUAAAGAUAUUAAACCAGAUUUGCAAUUUAUGCCAAGGCAAGGGCUUGCUCCAGUUCCGAGCGGUGUGGAUGUGGAUGAAUUUAUAAAUGUGCGGCUACACGAGGCAGAUAACGACCCCACAGCCCCACCGUACGACUCCAUUCAGAUUUAUGGCUAUGAAGGCCGAGGGUCUGUGGCCGGCUCCCUCAGCUCCCUGGAGUCCACCACCUCAGACUCGGAUCAGAAUUUUGACUACCUCAGUGACUGGGGUCCUCGCUUUAAGAGACUGGGCGAACUCUACUCUGUCGGUGAAAGUGACAAAGAAACUUGACAGUGGAUUAGGAAUGAAUCAGUGGGAACUGAGCAUUCUGUAAUAUUCUAGGGUCACUCCCCUUAGAUACAACCAAUGUGGCAAUUUGUUUUAGAGGCAAGUUUAGCACCAAUCAUCUAUAAACUCAACUACAUUUUAAUGUUGAACCAAAAAAGUAAUAAUAAAAAUAAAAAAGUAUAUGUUAGGAGGUUAUAAAUCUUGUGGAGUGUGAAUUAAAGUAUGUGGAGUGUCUAGAAGUCUUUGGAUAGUUGAUAUUUACCUGACCACCACAGA